GUCUACAGGAAGUUUAUCCCAGCCGUGUAUAAAGACACUUCCUGUACUCCUCUUGGAAGAAAUAUAUUUUGAAACAUUCAUGGCUUGAGAUUACACAAAGAUUUACGAAGCAAAUUAAAAUCAGCCCAAGAUGAACUACGUACCAGGGACGGCAAGCCUCAUUGACGACAUCGACAAGAAGCACCUGGUGCUGCUCCGAGAUGGCAGAACACUUAUCGGUUACCUCAGAAGCAUUGACCAGUUUGCCAAUUUAGUUUUUCAUCAGACAGUUGAGCGCAUCCACGUGGGGAAAAAAUUUGGAGACAUUCCCAGAGGAAUAUUCAUAGUGAGAGGAGAGAAUGUGGUGCUGCUCGGAGAGAUAGAUGUGGACAAACCCUGUGACACAGUCCUGCAGCAGGUCUCCAUCGAAGAGAUUCUGGAGGAGCAGCGGUUGCAGCAGCAAGCCAAACAGGAGACGGAGAAAGUCAAAAUGCAGGCCCUGAAGGACCGAGGCCUUUCCAUCCCAAAAGCUGACAACUUAGACGAAUACUAACAUUGAUUCCACGAGCCUCUUUCUCAGUUUGUAUCGGACUGAUAAGUUUUAUGUUGCAUUUGAUUUUGAGAGAGCAUGAGUGUGUGUUUUUUUUUAAUGGGUACAAGGCUGCAUCAUGUUGGGCCUGUACACUGCAGUGUACUGUAUGGAUUUCAUUUGAAUUAUGUGGAGGAAAAAAUGUGAUAUCUGCUCUCUGAUCUGCAGAUCCUCAAAGCAAAACUAAAGAUCAUCAUGUGUUUAUGUAAAAUCACUCUGUUGGCAAUUUAGCAAUUAUUUUACAACAGCAGCACUUUCGAUUUUGUCAGUGAUAUGUUGAGCCUGUUUAUUUGGAGAUACUGUGCUAUUGACAAAAAACUACAUGCUAUGCUCCAUUAAAGAGUUUAGUUUUUCAUUA